GUGGGGACGUGCAUUUUUAAGAUAGCAGUUCUAUCGUUUUAAGCGUACUUUCGGGGAGUAUAAAAAUGCUAAGUAUGAUUUCGCCGCACGAUUCAUAUAUAUACAUAUCGGUCACGAAGGUGUUAUAAAUUGAUAGCACCCGGAAAUCCACGAAGUCUGCGGAUCCACUUUUCCGGCAGGGCAAGGCUGUUCGCUAAACGGGUACUCCACCAGAAAACCCGUAAAAUGACAAAUUUCCCCAAAAGCACAAUAUUUGCGGUCUUCGCUAUUAUCGUUAAUUACAACCAAGUAGCAGCAGAUCCCCAAGUGGAUCAGGGAUCACUAUGCAGGAGUCACCAGUACUUCGACACGGAGAAGAACCAGUGCAUGGAUCUUCCAGGAGGUGGGACGAUAAUAUCCGAGGAUAAGGUUCACAACUGUGCCGAUGGGGUCCCUAGGCCUCACGAAUCCGAAGGAAGGUACUAUUACGUGUGUAAGUGCGACAAGACCAUCCUGGCCGAGUGUCCUCUAGGGUUGCGCUACGACGACGGCGAAAAGGGUUGCAUCCAAGACGUAGGAUGGAAGACGGUGAGGCUGGUCCAGGAUGAGUACAGCUUCAUCCAACUUCCAGCUUGCCUGGAACCUGGUCUAUUCCCAAUUCCCGAUUACUGCUCACUGUAUUACUCUUGCAACGUUACAAGCUCCUACUUGCUGCAGAGCAUCUCGGUCUGCCCUCCUUCGACUGCGUUCAGUCCGUCCUUAAAGAUAUGCGCGUUCACGGAGAGUUGCAGUGGCGACCUGGUGCACCUGCUGGCCAACUCUGUGAGCAGGACCCAGGUGUUGAAUACCGGUAAGAGAAUUGUGGAAGGCGAGCCGGUAUCGUCUGAGUCGAAGCUGAAUGGCCAGGAGUCUCCGGCAUCCUCGCCGUCCUCUGUCAGUCUGGUCCUGAACGGCGUCUUCGCGCCGCUCCUGGGCUCUGUUCCUGGCAGCACAGCUGGUGGACCCGUGCUCGUCCCGGGAUUACCAUCACCUGUUGGUCCUGCCUUAGGAUUGACUCCUGUUGCGAACGCGCCUCUCCCUGGAAGGAAUCCUUGCAGUCCAGUUGGAUCUUCGGAUGCCUUCCGAGUUACCGGGCUGGGAAACGUCGACGUCAAGGAACAAGUCGCCGGAUGUCCUCCUCAGGGACCCUGGGUGAAAGAAGAGGUGAUGAGAAGGCUUCGGGCGAGUCUCGAAUUGCUGAAGGCACGUUUGUCCCAGGGAAGUUCAAGUCCUCAGGUCGGAGAGAUCUUGCCAACGAAUCCCGAUGAUCGGCAGAGGGAGGCUGAGACAGUGAUAAACAUGUUAAACACCAUAACGCGCCUCCAAUCGAUUUUAUCAAGAACUGAGAAUUCUGCGACGCCGGAGGGGACUUCAGGGAGUAACGAUGCAAGCUCCGCAUUUGACGCAUCGAGGAUCCUAUUAUCAUAUAGAGAUAUUUUUAAUGCUCUGAAGGAUGAUCAGAAGUAUGGAAAGCAUGUGAAAAUUUUGGCUUUUCACCUUUCUCAGCCAGAAAAUCCGGAGACCCAGACGGAUGAUUCAGCUUCGACGACAGAGCCGAUAUCGAGCUCGCCGCUUUCUGAUACUAACAAUACGGUUAUCGAUGACCUGCCACUGAUCAAUUUGUCCGCAGGUCAGGCCGACAGGACGGGCAGCUUCCUGAUAGAAGCUAUUCGGACUCUUCGAAGAAAACUUCAUCGUCCAGAAAAUGUCGAACCCGAAAGCUCGGAGGAGCCAACUUCCCCCAGACCUGAAGACGAGUCCCAUGAAGAAGUACCCGAUGCGCCUUCGUCCGAAACUUCAGGAGGCUCUUCACAUUCGAGCGAGGAAACUUCCUCGGAGACCCCCAGUGCAUCGUCUCCGAGUUUCGAGGAAUUAAACCAGAAUCAGGAAAGCCAAAAUGCGCAGAAAUCGGUCACGAUCACUGUAGAGUCUUCAGGGGUGAAAGCAGUCUUGCCAGCACCUCAACCCGUGACGGAGCCGUCCAGCAACGGGGGCGAAUCUGGAACAAAAGAAACAAAUCAGGGAUCAGUUAACAUUGCAAUUAAUACAUCGGAGUCUACAACUACACCAGCUACGGUUGAAGAGACUCCUGCUGAUAACCAGAGUGGAAUCGAAGAGAUAGUGGAGAGAGGAGAGCAGCAACGAGAAAAUCAGCAAUCGGUUAAUAUCGUGAUAGGUUCUCAAGAAACGACCACGCCGGCACCGGAGAAUUAUCCUUCUCUGAUUGAGACACAGGACCAAGACGAGAAGAAAGAGGAAGAAAAUAAGCAAUCGGUUAAUAUUGUAAUUAAUACAUCACAGAGUACUACAACACCGGCCCCGAUAGUUGAAGUUCCAGUUGGCAAUGAAAACGAAGAGAUAGAGAAACAGGUACAGCAACGAGAAAAUCAGCAAUCCGUUAAUAUUGUGAUAGGUUCGUCGGAAACAACUACCCCGGCACCGGAACCUUAUCCUUCUCUGAUUGAGACACAGGAGCAGCAACAAGAGAAGAAAGAGGGAGAAAAUAAGCAAUCCGUCAAUAUCGUGAUCGAUACUUCUCAGAGCACAACUACACCUGCUCCAAUAAUAGAAGUUCCUGUGGUGGAGGUUUCUGGCGGUAAUCAAGGUGGAGUUCAAGAAGUCGUGGAACAAGGGGAGCAACAACGGGAAAAUCAGCAAUCCGUUAAUAUCGUGAUAGGUUCUCCAGAAACGACUACCCCGGCACCGGAACCUUCUCCUUCUCUGAUUGAGACACAGGAGCAGCAACAAGAGGAGAAGAAAGAGGGAGAAAAUAAGCAAUCCGUCAAUAUCGUGAUCGAUACUUCUCAGAGCACAACUACGCCUGCUCCAAUAAUAGAAGUUCCUGUGGUUGAAGUUCCUGGCGGUAGUCAAGGGGAAAUUCUAGAAGUCGUGGAACAAGGGGAGCAGCAACGGGAAAAUCAGCCAUCCGUUAAUAUCGUUAUCAAUACCUCGGAAUCUACUACUACACCGGGUUCUAUCAUCGUAGAAGAGUCUGGUGUUGGUGGCGAGACUCAAGAAAUCGUGAAUCAAGAGGAGGAGAAAAAAGGAGAGAAGCAGCAAUCCGUUGAGAUCGUGAUCAAUACGCCGCAAGCUACGACUACACCGGCUCCCGAAGUAGAGGGUCCUGUAGGUAACGAAGGAGGAACUCAGCAGGAAGUGGUGCGCCAGGAAGGGCAAGAAGAAAAACAGCAAUCGGUCAACAUCGUAAUUGGAACCUCAGCUUCAACUACGCCGGCACCGGAACCAGAACUUUAUCCGUCUAUUUUGGAACAAGGUGUAACGGACCAGGAACAUCGGCAACAUGAGGACGAGAGGAAGCAAUCUAUUACCAUAGAAAUUAAUUCGGGCUCGACGACCACUCCAGGAACGCUAUUGGAGGAAGAGGAUGAAUUAUUGGGUCAUGCAGCGAUGACUCAGAACGUUCGCAAAAAAGAAGUCCACGAAGGCGAGAAUCAGCAAUCGGUAAAGAUUACAAUUGGUUCCACGGAGACGACGUCACCGGCUUCCCAAGAUUACCAGCCUUAUGAAUUUGAAGGAGGUGAGCAUCGGCAGACGCACUACUUGCAAUCUCAAAGUCAGCACAGGCUCCAGCAAUCUCACUCUCACGGUUUGUCGUCCUCGUGGCAAUCCGGAUACUCGUCGCAGUUUGACCAGCCUUUACCUACGGGGCAGCAAUGGUCAUCGGGAGGUCAGCACGUCACGUCGUAUAAAAAAUACGUCAAGCAACCUGGGGUGUCAUGGUCCAUCAUGUCGCCCUUGUACUCGACCGAACCGUCGACGGGUUCCUCCGGUAGCUUCUCGUCCAGCUAUCAACAUACAAAAAAGGUACUGAGAAGGAUCACUCAUCCCGAUGGAACCGUGUCGACCUACUAUGAGAACGGCUCGAACGAAAAUCCAGAAGAAAGCGUGGCGAAUGCACAUGCUGAAUCUGGAUACCAGGAGUCGAAAACGCAUCAUGCAGAGCGCCAGCAAUCCGUUCGAAUCCUGAUCGGACCUCAGCAGACCACCACCAAGCCGGCUCCAUCGAAAGAGCAGUCCGGUGGGUCGUCCAGUGGGCUCUUCGGCAACUUCCACAAGGUGUUGCGGAAAGUCGUUAACCCUGUCGGAAAAGUAUCCACGUAUUAUGAGAACGGCUCGUCGAAGAACGGAGAAGAGGCAGAGUCAACCGGCGAUGUCACCUCGGAAGGGGAAAAUGACCAAGAAGAGAGCCAGGCUUCCGGAGGAAUUUUCGGAAACAUUCUCCAUUACCCUAAGAAGGUCCUGAGGAAGGUCGUCAAUCCCGAUGGGAGUCUGUCGACCUUCUGGUCGCGGAGCGUCCAGAAAAUGUCAGGAGGUAGCGCCGAGAGGGAAUCCGAAGGUUCCAACAGUUACUCUCACCACGGCUUGAAUAUCAAUGGAGGUGUAUCCCUGGGUGACUUCCGCGUAGGUGGAGGAUUCUCCUUAAAAAAGUCAUCUAAUGCAGGGACUACCUUGGGCUCUGCCGGUGGUUCGUCGUAUCAAGCGCAUCACGGUCAAAAUAUUCACAUGACUACUCACUCCGCUGGGAGUACGAAGAACGUUUCUUACGUAUUGUCAAGCGGCUCCUCCGCGCCAGCCCAUGCCAAGAUUUCCUUGAAUGGAGGCUCAUUUCCUGCCACCCUGGACGUGUCGGAGAAUGGCAAUGCCCAUGGAAGCCAGCAUGCAGGGUCUUCCUCUGCCUAUGGUUCCGCUUCCAGUCAAGCACAUUCAUUCGGAGGUCAUUUCUCGAAAUCGCACCAUGUCCAGACCUCCCAUAGCUCCCACACUGGAUACCAAGGGACUAAAAUCGUUAGAAGGAAGUGGUUCAGGUUUAAAGGGCACUGUUCUGGAGUGGGAAUCUUCAGGGUGCCUAACAGCUGUUCCGGCUACUACGAGUGCACCCUCAAUGACCAGAAUCUGUAUACCAUCAGCAGUGUCAAAUUCUGUCCUGCUUGUCUACGCUUCAACCCUCAGCUCGGCAGGUGCGACUUCCCUCUGAACGUACCGGAAUGCUCCGACGGGAAGAGCGAGAGUAGAAACUGCACCGGGGAGGGUAGUUUCCCCCAUUCGGAGCUUUCCUCCGUCUACUACGUGUGCUCGAAGACUCCCGAUGAGAUCACCCUGGAGACCAGGACGUGUCCCAUCGGCCAAGCCUUCGACAAGACGGUCGGGAAAUGUAACGACAAUCCCAAGGAUAAGAGCCAGCCUCAGGAGUGCGAGGAUCUGACCGACUUGCCUGACAACUUCGACUGCAGCAGAUAUUACUCCUGCGAGCAGCUCCAGGAAGACGGCGACCUGGAGAAAGUCGCCAAGACCUGCCCUUCAGGGUUUUACUUCAACAGCGACUCCGACACCUGCAGCAGACCCGACGAGAUCAGCGGAUUUCCCGCCGAGACCUUGAUAGACAUAAGACACUCUACCUGAAGGAAGAGACAUCUUCGUUGACUCUUAUCAAAGCGAUUAAAACCAUCUCUCAGUGAAUACGGUUCUCUCCGAAAUUAAUGUAUCUCUCUUUAUCGAGAAAUUGGUAUAUCGGUGUUAUAGUGGUCUACAAUCGGAUAGGCUUUACGAAG